CAUUGUGUUAGCGUCCGUAGAAAAGCGAUGAAGUUUUGUCAAACUUGAUUUUAUUUUAUACAAACUUUUCUACUCAAUUUUGAAAAUCUGUUCAAGUAUUUAAAUUUUUGCGUAAAAUCAUGUCUAGCGAUUGCUUUGUGCCUCGGCUGCCGGUGGACAGCGAGGCGAUUAGAUUCCACGACUGGGCCAUAAGCUACGAGAAGUCGCACAUCCUCAAGAGCAUCUGCAAGCUGGGCAGCACCCAGUGCUGCGACAAGGAGGACGCGAACCGGUGUGAUCUCUGCCACUACCAGCACUCCCUGGAGCUGCCCCACCUGCCAGACAUGGUGUUCCACAAAAACAAGCUGAUCCUCCAGCACAAGGACGGAGCGCUGCUCGAGUUCAAGCCCAUGGAUGCCCUGGCGCUAGUGGCCAACGGCAAGCAGCCGCUGGAAGUGGCCUGCGCUCAGGAAUGGCGCGAAACCAGACCAGAACAGACUAUGGAGGAGAAGUUCAAGCCGUUCGAUUGGACAUUCACGUCCACCUACCAGGGUACCAUGAACGAGAAGGUGCGUGCCGAGGCAACGGAUCAGACCCUGAACAAGUUCAAGCUGAUGCAGCGAGAGAAUAUCAUUUUCUAUCACGAUCUCACCCUGUUCGAGGAUGAGCUACACGAUCACGGCAUCUCCGUGAUGAGCGUGCGAAUCCGCGUCAUGCCCUCUGGCUUCUUCAUACUCCUGCGCCACUUUCUGCGCGUCGACGACGUGCUCAUCCGGAUGCACGACACGAGAUUCCACCACGAAAUAGAAAACGAUUACAUCCUGAAGGAGUACAUUCACCGGGAGGCGCCCUGCUCCGAGCUCCAGAGCUCUGUCGCCUUCUGGACCAACCCGGAUGAGAUGCAGAACUACCUGCCCGUGAAAGCCAAGGAGCUCCACAAGCUGUUCUUCAAGUAGGCUCCGCCACGUGCACGCCACGCCCCAGCUCUCGCCCCCGCCCAAUCCAAAUUAUCUGUACUCCUGUUGGUUAGACACUUUUUGCUAUGUGCGUUUAUUUAUUGCCAGCACUGUGCGCAGGCGCUGUCGCAGCCAUUAAAAGCGAUCGAUUUCUCUAAAAGGCACACUA